GGGGCAUGCGCACCGGGUGGCGACUCUUCCCCACCCAAGAGAAAGGCGGAGGUCGGAAGCCGCAGAGCCCCGAACGGAAGCACAACUGCCAGGACGUGAGAGCCCGCCCCCUUGACCGGAACUGCCGCAUCUUCCAACGGAAAUCUUGUAGCCAAAAGGGAGUGGGAAUGCGUCAUGUGUAUGUAAUCGGACAGGGCCUGCAUCUCACAUCACCCCAUGGUACGCCCCUCGCGUCACGUGACUGUCCCGGUCCCAGUCCCCGAGCCACCGGACGUGACGCUUUGACUGUCAUGAGUCUCGGAUUCUGUCAACAGAACUCGUCUUUUGGAACCCUCCUCCCUUCGACGUCCCCGGCCCCCGGACGCCCGAGCUACGUCCCUCCAGCUCCCACGAGUCGGGGAGAGUGCGCCAACUCCUGCAGAGACCUUGCGAGGCCGUGGGUGUCGGGGCCGUUGAUGAAUUCGGCUGUAUUGCUUUUGAGUCCAGGGGCGUGUGCAGACGGACGACCUAGAACUGGAGGCCUUCAGGCUCUCACAAGUGAUGCUACCCUAACCAUGACCCUCUUACAGUCAUUCAUGCAGCAGAACCCACUCGCCUGGGAUCCGGAAUGAAGGAAUGAGGACGCUGCCACACUGAUCAAGCCACCAGGAAAUGAAGGCUUGGAGGGCUUUUCAGGCAUCCAGCCCUGCCCCGAGGGCUCCUCUGCUGGUCCUGAGGAAGGGUUUCUCUUCUCUUGGGUGUUCCAUAUCAGCCUCUGCACCCCACUUCUCUUUCUGUCUCUGUCUGUUUCUCAUACUCCAUCUCAUGCUCUGAGUAGUACAGUGGAAGGAAUUUUGGAUAUCUGACUGCUAGUCCUGGGUAUGAUCUUAAAUAAUUUAUUGCUCCUCUCUGGGCUUAGUUUCUCCACUGGACAACUUCAUCUGGUUAUUUCCACCUUGCCUAAGGUCAAAGCUGAAUGGUAUCAAGUGAGGUUAGGAAGGCUAUGAAGUAUUGAGGGGUCCCCCUCUGUGGGCUUUCACUGCUGUGGGUUCAGCUCCCUGGGCCCAGCAGUCCCAGCUGCCUCUCUCUGCUUCUCAGCCUUUGGUGACAUGCCUUCUUGGCUCCCAGCUGUGUUUUGGAGUUGUAGCUGUCUUUGUUAAAUCGUCCAGGACUAUGAUAGUCAUCAUUUUAUUGGUGGUCUUUGGGUGGGAUCGUGUGGCUUUGGGAUGGUGACAAGGUGCCCAGGAGGCUGGGCACAAAACCUUGUGGAGUGGUGUGUGGAGGGGAUGGGGAUGGGGGGCCACUGAGAGAAAAUGGCUCUGAGGAUGGAGCUCUCCAGAGCUGAACCCGUUUCUCCAUUUCAUGUCCAUGGAAAGGUCAGACCCUACCUGGUCCUGAGGCUUGGCAGCCCGCCCUGUCCCUUCCACUAGCAGGCUUGUCCUAUCAACACUGGAGCUAGACAACCCAGCCUGGAACCCCAGCUCAUUCACCUACUGUAUAACUCUAUAAAGCAGGUUACCUAACCUCUCCAUACCUCAGUUUCCUCAUUUGAGAAAUGGGAACAAUAACAGUACCAGCCUCAUACACGGUGCUGCUGUAAGGAUGAAAUGAGAUGACAUACGAGUAUGUAAAGUGACUAGAACAGUGCCUGGUAUGCAAUAAGUGCUAUGGAAGUGUUUGCUGCUGUUACAUGAGGCCUGACGGUGGUUGUUACUCUGAAAGUGCUGCAGCCCCAGUGUCUCCUCCAGGGACCCCACUCCAAGGACUCUGUCCCCUUUUCAUCUCCUGAGCCCCAGUGUGUAUCAGGUCCUAGGCUGCUGGCCUUGCCGACGCCUGCAAAUCUCUCAUGUCUGCACUUGGAUCUGACAUGCCAUAUUUUGUUUAUUUAUUUAUUUUAUUAUUUUUUUUAAAUAUUUUUAUU